CAACCACAUCCACUUCCAAACAUUUCACCUGAAACAUCUCCACCCACCUUAUAGCUUGUCGGCACACCUCCCCUUCCACAUCUGUCGAUCCAUGGAGAGGAAAGCCUUGGGCAGCUACCGGAGAUCCAGAAUGGUCCCUUAGCAAGAAGCCCGCCGAAGAUUUGCCAUUUUGACGGAACACCUCCCAGUUGAGCUUCAGCACACCUCUCGCCGGCUUCAUCCAUCUGCAGACCUUAGGCUUUUCCGAGCAAAUGACUGAGGUGUUUUGCCAUUUCAUAACGCAUCCCAGUAACAUUUCCACAAAUGCCAAGUAAUCACCCCUGGCAAGAUAAGUUUGAAAAUCCCAUCCAAAUUUUUUCUUUUCUCCAAAAUCCACCAUUUCAUAAUUUAAAGUUUGAUUUGGCUGACCUUUCUUCCGUUAUAUAACAGAGAGCUUUCAUAAAAGUUCCAAAUUGAUUGAGCCACGAGACAAGAUAGCAGUACAUGAUCCGAAUCUGCACCAACACAUCUACAGAGAGGACACCUGGAUGGAUAUGCAACUGAAAAAGAGAUAAACAUCUGGAGCAAAACUGUAUCCUUGAUGUGUUUGCUUCCACACAUUUAAGUGUGAUCCAAUGUUAGCACACCAGACUGCUAGAAAGCUUUCCAGGUGGAGAAGAUCUUGUGCCUACCGUGUGCUUGAUUAUUACACUGUGCCUGAAAUGGAACUCCAGAGUACCAAGGGUGAACCAGAGAAAGAAACAUUUUCAUUUAAGCCAUAUGAACAAAACAAAGUAUAUCUUAACAGGAAGGAGGGCAAGGCAGGAUCAUAUAUAUGGCAAAGACAAACAAACAGAUAUUCACUAAAUCCUGCCUUCAACCAAAAACCUGAUGUGCCUGGAGCAGCGCAUGAUUCUUUUCAUAUGUUACGCCACUGUUAUGGCACCCAAUCAUAUCCCAGCAAUGGCCCAAACAAGGUACUGGGAUGUAUGCCUGGGAUUGUUAGAAUAGUAGAGGUGGGUCCAAGAGAUGGCUUGCAAAAUGAAAAAAAUAUCAUACCUACAAGUGUGAAGGUUGAACUAAUAAAAAUGCUUGUUUCUGCUGGGCUGUCAGUUGUUGAAGCUACAAGUUUUGUGUCGCCAAAGUGGGUACCGCAGCUUGCUGAUGCAAGGGAAGUAAUUGAAGCAAUUCAAAGUAUUGAAGGAGUGCGAUUUCCAGUAUUAACACCAAAUAUGAAAGGUUUUGAUGCUGCUGUUUCAAGUGGGGCCCAAGAAGUUGCAGUAUUUGCUGCUGCAUCUGAGUCAUUUUCUCGGUCAAAUAUAAAUUGUAGCAUUGAAGAGAGUCUCGCCAAAUAUCGUGAUAUUGCCCACGCAGCCAAAAAUCAUUCCAUUCCAGUUCGUGGAUAUGUGUCAUGUGUCGUGGGCUGUCCAGUGGAAGGAUCAAUAUCUCCUUCCAAAGUUGCCUAUGUUGCUAAACAACUUCUAGAUAUGGGUUGCUAUGAAAUAUCCCUUGGUGAUACAAUUGGGGUUGGCACUCCAGGUACGGUUGUUCCAAUGCUAGAUGCUGUUUGUGAAGUUGUUCCUGUGGAGAAGCUUGCUGUCCAUUUUCAUGACACAUAUGGCCAAGCCCUGUCUAACAUUCUUGUGUCCUUACAGAUGGGAAUCAGCACAGUGGACUCAUCUGUAUCAGGACUAGGGGGGUGUCCAUAUGCCAAAGGCGCAUCAGGAAAUGUGGCAACUGAAGAUGUUGUGUAUAUGCUCAAUGGGAUGGGAGUGAAAACAUUUGUAGAUAUCUCGAAGCUUUUGCUUGCUGGAGAAUUCAUCUGCAAGCAUUUGGGGCGACCUUUGGGCUCUAAGGCGGCAAUUGCCCUAACCCAACGAUCCCCGUCUAUUACUUCCAAACUUUGAGGUACUUUGUGGGAGGCACCCCCUAGCAUGUCUCAUGCACUGGAAAUAUCAUAUCACACUCCUAGGGAAUGAAGAGAAGAAUAUGCAAUGCUUAUAAGCUAGUGGACCUCCCCUGCAGAAUGUAUUUUUGUUUUGGACACACCAAAUGUAAUGGGUGGCAAUCCAAAAUCUUCUGUAUUUAUUGAACUGGAGCAGAGCCAGCACUAAAAUCUCCUAAAAUACAUCCUCAAUUCAAACUUCAAAGCACAUUACAAUCAUGAUAAAACCUGCUAAAUUAAGAGGCCGUUUGGCAACCCGGUUUUUCAGCUUAUCAGCCAACUUUUUCACCAAAC